AUGUCCUGCUCCAGCCUGUGUGCCCCUUGCGGCUUGGCCUCCACUUGCCCUCUGGCUGACACCUGCAAUGAGCCCUGCGUGAGGCAGUGCCCUGACACCACGGUGGUCAUCCAGCCCCCGGUCUCGGUGGUCACCUUCCCCGGGCCCAUCCUCAGCUCCUUCCCUCAGCACAGCUCCGUGGGCUCGGCAGGAGCUCCCUACGUCGGAGGCGGCUCUGGUGGCUCCUAUGGGGGCCGUGGGGGCUAUGGGGGCUAUGGAGGCCACGGGGGCUAUGGAGGCUACGGUAGCUAUGGUGGGGGCUAUGGGGGCUGUGGGGGCUAUGGUGGGGGCUAUGGUGGUGGCUAUGGGGGUUAUGGGGGCUGUGGGGGCUAUGGCCGCGGUUCCAGGUCCUAUGGAGGAGGCUGCGGCUCCUGCUAA